ACAAUGUGAGUGGGCGGAUUCACAUUUAAUUGGAAUCUCAAUUCUCAGCAAUAGCAUUCAAUUUAUAAUUAAAUUCCUCCAUCUCUUCCUCCUUCGCACUUUCACGUUCUUCCUCCCCACCUCUCUCUCUCUCCUCAAAAUUUUGGCAGUCAAACUACUAAAUUAACUCUCUGCGUAAGUACAACUUUACUCAAUUCUCUGACGCUUAACCUUCCUCUCCUUCUUCCAUUUUUCUCUCUCCUCCUAAAUUCCAGAUCAAAGAUGUUUCUUUGGAAGAGCUCUCAGAACCGUGAUGAAAACGACCCCCUAAAUCGAGAUGCAAAGAUCAAAGAACUUCGGGUGGCUCUAGGAGCACUGUCUGGGCGUCAUUCAAAGUUCUGUACUGAUGCUUGCCUAAGAAGAUACUUGGAAGCAAGGAACUGGAAUGUUGACAAGGCGAAGAAAAUGUUAGAGGAGACAAUGAAGUGGAGGGACAUGUACAAACCCGAGGAAAUUCGCUGGCAUGAAGUUGCACAUGAAGGGGAGACAGGAAAGGUUUCCCGGGCAAACUUUCAUGAUCGUGAAGGAAGAGCUGUCCUUAUAAUGAGGCCGGGGAAGCAGAACACCACAUCAGGAGAAGGAAAUAUCCGCCACUUAGUCUAUUUGUUAGAGAAUGCCAUUCUUAACCUGCCCGAGGGCCAAGAGCAGAUGGUCUGGCUGAUAGAUUAUACAGGUUUUUCAAUGAGCACCAAUGUAUCAGUCAGAACAACCCGAGAGAUCAUUAAUAUUUUGCAGAACCAUUAUCCUGAAAGACUUGGUAUAGCAGUUCUUUACAAUCCACCAAGGAUCUUUCAGGCAUUUUGGAGGGCUGUAAAAUAUUUCCUGGAUCCUAAGACUUUUCAGAAGGUGAAGUUUGUUUACCCUAAGAACAAGGACAGUACGGAGCUGAUGAGGUCUUACUUUGACGUGGAAAACCUUCCAAAGGAGUUUGGUGGGAAUGCAACAUUAGAAUAUGACCAUGAGGAAUUUUCAAGAUUAAUGGCUGAGGAUGAUGUGAAGGCUUCUAGAUACUGGGGAUUUGACGACAAGCCAUGUCAUGCUGCUCAAGUAUGUGCAGGUCGAGAUAUACCUGUGCAGGUGCAACCCAUUCUUGCAAUUGGACAUUCAAAAGCUGAAGUAGCUCCCGAGCCAUUUUAGGUAGCAUUAACAACAUAUUGUAAACUGAUAGAUAUGGUGAGUAAGUGCAGAAACAGACCACCAGCAAUGUUAAUGUCAUAACUCAUAACGAAUAAGUGCUUGUACUUUGCUUAGAACAAGAGAAAACACAACUUAGUUUGUUGUGCCUCGGUUGUAUUUUGCUUAUAUGCAAGGGAGCAUGGCUGUAGCCAUUCUGCAGCUCAGAAUACUAGGUCUUAUCAUGAAAUAUGCUUUGAACUAAUUUGAUCGGAA